CAACUACGGACCAACAGCUGCACGCCAGGAUGCUGCCGAACCCAGUGCGUGGAUCAGGUGAAUGGCACGUGCAGCUCGCGUGCGGCUACUUCACGACACCUGGCACUGUGGCUGUGCUGUGGAAGACUCCAUCUGGUCAGAUACUCCACAACAGCACCUUCACAGGUGACGAGUAUGUCCUGACCCUAGACAACCCUGUGGAGGAGGGCAGCUACACCUGCUUCCUGGAUGUCACUGACCCUGCUGCCAGAUGUGUUCACAUAUCCCCCACCAUGCUGUUCAGUAACGAAGUCCAUGUCGACAGCUGCUCGGUACAAGGGGCCUUCUUCCAUCCAAUCCUGCAUGAAAAGGAAGACAUGGCCUCAGUUAUUCACCUUCUCUCGAGACAACAUGGUACUUCAGGUGACAUGGUUCGUCUGGCCGACGGCAGCAGACCGUGGGCGGGACGAGUUGAAGUGAAGUAUUACAAUGGUACCUGGGGAACAGUGUGUGUCGACCAGUUUCAUUCGUCUGUAGCUUCUGUCGUCUGCAGAAUGUUAGGGUUUAUCGGGGAUACACCCAGUAUGUACGACUCGUCAUCAUACGGCAGGGGCACAUUAUCAGUUCUGCUGGAAAAUGUGUAUUGUAAUGGCAAUGAACGGAGCAUCUUUGACUGCACACACAGCCCGGUCGGACAGCGCAAUUGUUAUUACUAUGAAGAUGUUGGAGUAAACUGUUUUCCCAACAUUUUGUGA